UAACAUACCCAAAAAAAAAAAAUAGAAAAAGUGAGUUAAAGUCCAUAAUACCCUAAUUUUAAAAGAAUUAAACCAAUUUUUAAAAUAAAAAUUCUCAGAAAAGGAAAAGUAACAAAUUAAAAAAAAAACUCACCAUCGUAAACAACGAUGAAAAAAAUCCCAGAAGAAACCCCUUCUCCUUCCCCCCCCCUUCCCCGACCUGAACCUUAAAUCUGUUGGUUUCUAAAUUUUCCAAUCUCUUCUCACCCUUCUCUUCUACUAAAUGCUUCGAUUCACAAGGGUAGUAAUCCUGUAAUCACAGAAAUCUGACGAACCCUAAAUCCCCUUUCUGAAAUUCUGGGUUCUGUUGAUUUCGUCACUCCUAGAAGCUCAUCUCCGCUUGAAUCACUUAUAUUCAUAUCUCCUGACAUCAAAGAGAGAUGAGUACAUCAGACUGUCCAAAAACAUAUCCAAAAAGGCUGUAUGAGGAGGGAAAAUGUCCAUUGCAACAUCGAAGCAUGAAUCAUAGCUGUCACUUGGCAAGUUUACAGAUGGUCGAGGAAUCAGUUGGCAUAGAUGCAUGGGAAUCCAUUAAAGAAUCAGCUGUUGGAGUUAUUCUGAGGUUCAAAGACCUCGAUUAUACCUGGUCUGCCCAAGCUGUUCACCAUUUACUUACAAACCAGCUAGUAGUCGAUAGUAUCCAUGAGGUGUGGUCUCUGAUAGAAGGACAGCCAAUUAGGUUUUCAUUACAUGAGUUUGGUGAAAUAACAGGUUUAAAUUGUGAGCCUUUCAACAUAGAUGAUAAGGUUGAGGUUGAUCAUAAGCCAUUUUGGGAAGAGAUGGGUGUGUCUGCUGCACAUGGUCCGAUGCUAUCUGAGUUGAGAUCAUUGCUCCCACGCAUUAAGAAUUGGCCGUUUGAGAAGAGAAGAAUGAUUGGCCUGCUAUGUGUCUUAUCUGUCGGAAUACUUGGAAUAUCUCCAGGUAGUAGAAUUCCUUUGGAAGCAGCAAAGAGAGUCUUAGACGCAGAAGCAUUUGAAAGAUAUCCUUGGGGGCGUGUCGGAUUUUCCAGCUUGGUUAAUUCAAUUAAAAUUGUUUCGUUUGGAGGAAAGAAAAAAUAUACACUUCGUGGAUGUGUACAUGCUCUUCUCAUCUGGCUGUAUGAGUCAAUACCUGGUAUUGGGCAUGAAUAUGGGAACCAUAUUGAGGGUAACCAAGUUCCUCUUCUCUCUUGGUCAGGAUCUCGUUGCCGUAUACAGUGGGGUCAGUUUUAUGAAAAAGAGAAAAAAGUUCACCAGAAGGUGCGUGUCAGACAUCUCGUUGUUAAGGCAGAAGCGGACAUAUAUCCUCAAUGGGAUGAUCACAAGGUUGAUGAUGAUCUUCAUAACAUGAUUUUAGACAUUCUACAUGAGCAGCUUGAUGAUAAGCAUUGGAGCUUGAAGGCAGCUAAUGAACCAGUAGCAAAUAAAAAGAAAAGGAAUUUUGUGAGUGAAGAAGAUGAUUGUAUGAAGAAAAAAAAUCCAGCGAAGAGGACAACCACACAGGCUAGUGGAUCCAGCCUUAACUCAGGUGGAGAUGAUGGAUUCAAGCAUGCCCUAAUGGAAGCAGUGAAGACAUUGACUGCAACGGUUCAAAAUAUGGACACAGUUGUUGCUGAGAAGGUGUUGACUGCAGUAGACACAAAGAUUGACACAAAAAUAAAUGCAAGAGUUGGACAAACCGAGCAGGUACUUGGCAAUCAAAUCUCAAUUUUACAAGAAGAGAUUGCUAAGAUUAGAGAGCAGAUGCAAACUACUGCUCCAAAAAAUGAUGCAGACGUUCAAAACCAAGAAGAUGAAGUCAACAGCAACGACCCGUCAUGGAUGGUCCAAGACAAGACACCAUAUGAUGCAGAUGCGGUAAUACAAUGUGUGGUUAGAAAGAAAGCCAACAAAUCCAAGGUCAAGCUAACGUCUCCUAUUCUACUUGACACUGAUGGUGUGAAGGUUGCUGGAAAAAAUCAAGUAAAAAAACCAGCUGGAUGCUUGAAAAAAGUUAAGAAGGAGAAGAAUGUAGUUCCACAACUUAGAGAUUCUACUGGAACAUGGUCUGAUUCAGAAGAGAAGAAAAAAUAUUGCACCCUAGAUGCCACGUUAGACCAGUUGGCGGCAUCAAUCUUGGAUGGACCUUUGCAAAAACGCAAGCCACAGCUGACAAAGACUCAAGUGUAUCCAUAUGUAGGUAAUUCAACUGUGAAGAGGAUCAUAUCAGGUGUCUCUGAAGCCCAUUAUGAUCCUUUAGCUAAAGUUGCUGAGACAAAAUUCAAGAAGCUAAUGGAUUAUCUGCGAAGUAUUGGUGAUAAAGAUGUAGAAACUCCCUUCUAUAUGAAGCUAAUAAAGCCAAGAAAUGUCUGGGAAACAGAUGAUUUUGGAUGGCUAACAGAUUCUCAUAUGGCAUCUGCAAUGCUUAUGUUUCAUAAAAGAUAUAUGAGGAAUCCGUCACCAUACUCUUCAGAUAGGAUAGCUUUUCUUGAGCACUGGUUUGUCAAGAUGUGGGUCAGAGACUACAAGAAAUAUGAUCCUCAGACGUGGGAGUUCUCAGAAACUUACAAGAAGGUCUUCAAUGGCAAUUACCCUUCUGAUUUUUCCAACAACAGAAAGUGGGUGAAGGAUGUGGAUCGAUUGUUUUUUUGCCACUUGAUAAAUGGUAACCACUGGGUCGCUUUAGAAGUGGAUUUUGAGAAGAAACUAAUCCAUGUCUACGACAGCAUACAGACAGUUGUCCCGAGCAACACGGAUCUUCAAGAAGAGUGUCGUCCUUUCACGAAGAUGAUUCCCUUAUUGCUGAAUGAAAUGGUUCCAGGAAGGAAGAAGAGUUCACAGCAGUUCAGGAUUUCAAGACUCAAAAGUGUGCCCAAGAAUGAAGACCCUGGUGAUUGUGGUGUUUACGCUCUAAAGUAUAUAGAGUGUAGGGCGAUUGGCUGUGGUUUUGAAGGACUUUCUGACCAGUGCAUUCCGGCAAUGCGUAUUAAGUUAGCUGCUGAGAUCUAUGAUGAGGUUCGUGGUCUGUAGUAUUUUCAUGUUUUAGUAUUUUCCUAGACUGCUAUGUGCUCAUUUCAUGUUUCGGAAUCAUUAUCUACUUGGUGACUACAAGUUGUGUAAUUUGAUUAUGAAUUUUAAGUUUAAAUCGUUGGUACCAAGCUGACUCACAUCUA